CUGUAUCAUCCUCAAUAUAUAUAAUGGCGAAGCUGGCGGUGGAGAUGCCGGAGCUGAUAUCGGCGUUGGGCUCCGUUCUCCAGAUGACGGCGGCGGCGAACGAUCUAAACGGCCCCGGCCGGUUGCAGAAGAUGUCGUCGGUGUUUCACAGCUUAACCAGGCCGGGCAUCUCCGUUGAAAGCUACCUGGAGAGGAUCUUCAAGUACGCAAACUGCAGCCAUUCCUGCUUCGUGGUGGCCUACAUUUACCUCCACCGCUUCUCGCGCCGGCAGCCAUUGUUGCCGAUCAACUCCUUCAACGUUCACCGCCUUCUCAUCGCCAGCGUGUUGGUUUCCGUCAAGUUCAUGGAUGAUGUGUUUUACAACAAUGCGUACUAUGCAAAGGUAGGAGGAAUCGGCACGAUGGAGAUGAAUAUACUAGAAAUGGAUUUCUUGUUUGGCAUAGGUUUCGAUUUGAACGUCACACCUUCCACCUUCCAUACCUAUUCUUCUCAUUUCAUUGCACAAAUUCAGGCACAACGCCCCCAUCCCUUCCUAGGGGUAGUUAGUAAUCACAAUCUCCAAUGUCGCAUCGACGAAGACGAAUGUAUCGAUCACCAUCACCAACACCACUACCAUAAUAAGUUGGCAGUCGCUUAUUCGGCAAAUUAAACGCGAAAUCUCGUGUUCUUGCGUUACAUAGAAGUGCAGAUUUUUUGUUUUUACUUCUUAAUAUUUUUGCAUUCACCAAUUUUUGUUGAGUUUGAAGAGCUACUAGUUUAGCAAACACGUUUUUCUUUAACUACUAGUUUUGCUAAGAAAAAAUUUUACUUUUAAUUCCACAACGAUUCUUACCAUGUCACAUGUAUUUAGCAAUUAGUCCCAUGAUUUUGAGGACAUCGGGUCUGUUUGGUGACAUAGUUACGUUAGCUUAUCAGUCAAUUUUUACUUGUUUGACCA